AUGCCCAGAUUUGGCGUUUGUGGUACAGCAUUUCGGCAUGAGCCGGCCAGUUUUGUUGAUGCGUCAGUUGCGAUGGUUGGUAGAAAUGAUGGCCCGCUCGAACGAUUACUGAAUCUACCGAAUGUGGUAUUGUCUGGUUGUCAUGUUGUUGCGCUUACUUCCAAUUCGAGUGAAAGUGUCGGCGGUGAAGAGAUUCGAAGCUCGCUUCCGCCAGAAGACGACGGCCAAUUCCUCUUGACCAGCUGUCGAUUGGCUCUACUGCAACGUUCAUGUCGACGCUGUUUCCGACGUAAUCUCCGUCGCUUCCGGUGA